AUGGUCAUCAAAGGCGUGGUUUUUGAUGUCGGGCAGACUCUAUCUAAUCAGCUAGACAAAGAAAUGCUUUUUGAGCGUUGCAAAGUGUAUUAUGGGUACGUCUAUGACCAAUUAGUAGCCCGGAAUCUUCAAGACCGCUUCCCCUGCCUCAGCAGCUAUACACGUGAGGAAUAUGUUAAUGAUCUCAACACCUUAAAUAUCGGAGUGCGAAAACAAAAAAACAUAUCGACUGAGGUAUACACUGAAUAUCGUAUGUCAGAGCAAGCUAUACAAGUUUUGGUUGACAGACAAAAUACAGCUGCAGGAACAAGUGAAAAUAGGGAAAUUUAUUAUGAUCUUUUACCUGUUUUUGAUGAAAUUUUUUCAGGUCGUGAAGCGAUCCAGCAAGGGAUUUAUGAGCUGUGGCCUGAUACUUUAGAUACUUUAAGAGAGCUGAAAAGGCUUGGCUAUCAAAUUGCAUUAGCUUCUAACUCAGCUCACCCUGUAAAGCACGAACAGAUGCUUGAGCAGCUUGGCAUUACCCCAUUUAUAGACGUACUAGUCGUUUCUGCAUAUGUCGGCGUUCGCAAGCCUAACCCAAAAAUGCUAGAAAUUAUCCUUGAAAGGAUGAAUUUAACUAAAGAAGAAGCCGUCAUUGUAGGCGACUUAUUAGACCGCGACGUUUUGAUGGGAAAUUUACUCGGGGUCACCUCAAUAUGAAUUAAUGCUAUUCCAUACAGCCUUGACCAAAACUUAAAAAGGAUCAGAGAAGCCAACCCUCAAUAUAUGCCAAAAGCUGGGAUAGUCUGUUUAUCGCAGCUGAUCCCUACCAUAAAUUACUUGAAUAAUGAAACUCCUGAGUCAAACCAGGUCAAAGUCGGCUAUUAUUUCCCACAUUUACGAAAAAAAUUAGAAACUGGUAAACAAGGCGCUUUUGUGUCAAAUUCCAAAGUUUUUUAUAUGCCGAUUGAACUAAGAGCGCCUAUUGAGAGCUUAGGGAAUUUUGAUGUUAUUGUCCAUAAGGUCACUGAUAUGAUGCUGUCUGGAAAGCCAGAAGACCAAGAAGGGCUUGACAAUUUGCGAGCUUACUUAGAAAGCCACCCAAAUGUCUUGCUAUUAGACCCCCUUGAAGGGCUCCGAAUCACCAAUUCUCGAAGAGAAUUUCUUAGCCAGUUUAACCCUAUUCUAAUAGAAAGCCAAAAUAUCACAGUACGAGCUCCAGAGCUGCUGACCCAAGAAAACAUAAAAUUCCCAUGUAUUGUGAAAACCAAUGUGGCCUGCCAAGUUAAAGGAAGCCAUAGCAUGGCUCUAGUAAAAAAUCAAGAAGGCCUAAAAGAUGCAUUCAAAUUUAUAUACGGAGACAUUGUAAUAUCUGAAUGGGUCAGUCAUUUAGGAGGAGUUUAUAAGGUUUAUGUGCUAGGAGACGAGUUCCAGGUGACUCCUAAAGAUUCAUUUGCGCUGGAUGAAAAUGAUUUUAUUUUGUUUGAUAGUGCUAAAGAGUUGCCGAGUGGGCUUAGAAUGCUGCCUCCUGUGCAAGAGAUAAAUGAGGUAGUUGUGGAGGAAACUAAUAGGCAUUUGAAAGAAUUUACAGGACUAGGGAUGCUAAGCUAUGACCUUUUGAUUGAAGAGGGGACUGGGGAUUAUGUGAUAGUUGACUUGAACUAUUUCCCUGGAUAUUAUAGUAUUUUGGCUAUUUUCUCUUGUGAUGGAAUAAUAAAAGUAUUUUUUUAUGAAUCCAAAGCUUAUCUGUUAAGUUUUAAAUGCUGUAAUAGAAGAAAAAUAGCCAAUAGACUAUAUACCUUCCCAGACUACAAAGAAGCGAUGAAUAGAUACAUUCUUUCAAGCGUUAAUAAAUUUAGGGAAAAUUAA